AUGGUAAGAGCCCUUGGGAAGUCCCAGUCAAAUAAGAUCGAGAAAGCGGUGUCUGCUGCUCACACCUUCCUGCAGAAGAACCCCAAACAUGAGAUGACCUUGAAGUACCUGAACUACUACAGGACGAUGCUGGAUGUGGAUGAAUACCUGGUUGACCUGGAGGCUCAGCCCUACGAGCCGAUAUUCGUGCGGUCGGUGAAGCUGUACAACAGCGGGGAUUUCCGGAGCAGCGCGGCCAACAUGGAGCGGGCGCUGGCCGAGUACUACAAGGCGUACGAUGACUGCCUGGCUGGCUGCGAGGGUGCCUACGAGCUGCAGGAGUUCAAGGACUUCUACCCCGCCAUCGCAGACCGCUUUGUGAGCGUGCUGCAGUGCAAGGUGGACUGCGAGACCGAGCUCACCCCCAACGUGGGCGGCUACUUCGUGGAGAAGUUCGUGGCCACCAUGUACCACUACUUGCAGUUUGCCUACUACAAGCUGAACGACGUGCGGGACGCGGUGCGCAGCGUCUCCAGCUACAUGCUCUUCGACCCGGGCGAUGCUGUCAUGCAGCAGAACCUGGUCUAUUACCGCUUCCACCGCGAGCGCUGGCGCCUGCAGGACGAGGACUUCAAGCCCCGGCCGUGCCUGCAGGCUGAUGAUGAGAUGGAGGUGGAUGGUGAUGAGGGGCCAGAGCUGCAGGACCUGCCCUCCGACAAUGAGUUUGAGGGAGACGGUGACUACGAGGAGGAAUUCUUUGCAGAGUGGUGGCAGGAGCCCAAGACCAAGGGGGACAAAGCUGACCAAGGUUUCUGA